CCGUUCAAGCUCUCCGACAAAAUCGCUUAUGGACGUCAUAUGCAAGACGCGGUCAGCCAACAAAAAAACCUCACUAUUAUCGAAGGAGCCGUGGAAAAUUUAUUAAUAGAGGAGGGUAAGGUUCAGGGAGUAGAAUUAAAUAAUAGGGAAGUAAUUUUGGCUAAAAUAGUAAUUUUAACUACUGGUACUUAUUUGCAGCCAAUCACUUAUCGGGGAAAAGAAAGCCGCACGGAAGGGCCUGAUGGAGAAAAAAGGGUAGUAAAUAAUAUUUCUCAACAAUUACAAGAAUUAGGAUUUAAAUUAAAACGCUUCAAAACCGGAACUUCCCCGCGUAUUUUAACUAAUACUAUUGAUUUUUCGGGUUUAAAAGUUGCAGUAUCCAUAAUCAUUGGGCAUGUCGUAUAUACUAGCUUGGUCUUAGGAACAUGA